UCAUACAGGAGAGAAACCAUUUGGUUGCAGUGUUUGUGGGAAGAGAUUUAAUGUGAAGAGGACUCUUAAUAGGCACAUGAUAGUUCAUACAGGAGAGAAACCAUUUGGUUGCAGUGUUUGUGGAAAGAAAUUUAAUGCAAAGGGGAAUCUUACUAUGCACAUGAAACUUCAUACAGGAGAGAAACCAUUUGGAUGCAGUAUUUGUGGGAAGGGAUUUAAUGCGAAGAGCAGUCUUACUAUGCACAUAACAGUUCAUACAGGAGAGAAACCAUUUGGUUGCAGUGUUUGUGGGAAGAGAUUUGUUGUGAAGAGGAAUCUUACUAUGCACAUGAAAGUUCAUACAGGAGAGAAACCAUUUGGUUGUGAUUUUUGUGGGAAAAGAUUUAAAGAAAAGGGGGAUCUUACGAGGCACACAAGAAUCCAUACGAAAGAGAAACCCUUCAGUUGCAGCCUCUGUGGCAGGCCAUUCAGUUAUGAGUCAAACAGGUCAAGACAUAUGAGGACAUGUAAACACAAGCAUGUUCUUGAAAGCAGCAGCAAUGUUCAGCGUCUGUUGGUGAUUAAAGAAGAGAUUCCCCUUGAGUUGAGCCUUAGUCUUGAUCAGGAGGACCUGGAGAACCCUAACAUUAAAGAGGAACAGGAGGAAUUCUGGACCAGUCAGGAGGGAGAGCAGCUUCAAAGGUUGGAGGAUGCUGAUGAUACCAAGGUCCCACUCACUCCUGUCUGUUUGAAGCGUGAGGAUGAUGAGGAGAAACCUCAGUCUUCACAGCCUCGUCGAAGCCAAACUAAAAGGAGCAGAGAGGCAGAGCCUCCGUCCUGCAGCUCGGCUGAACAGAUGGAAACAGAGGCUGAUGGAGAGGACUGUGGAGGAUCUGAACCAGACAGGAACUUAGAUCCACAUGGUCAUCUUCAACCAGAUACGGAUGAACAGGUCUUAGAUUCCUCCCAGACUGAUGACAGUGAAGAUGAUUCGAAGGAAACUAGAGCAACAUUUAAAGGACAGAAGAAUCUCAAAUGGCACAUGGAAGUCCAUACAGGAGAGAAACCAUUUGGUUGUAAUGAUUGUGGAAAGAGAUUUAAGGUGAAGGGGGUUCUUACGAGGCACAUGAAAGUCCAUACAGGCGAAAAACCAUUUGGUUGUAGUGUUUGUGGGAAGAGAUUUAAUCGACGGGGGUACCUUUCAUUGCACACAAGAGUCCAUACAGGAGAGAGCCCAUUUGGUUGUGAUGUGUGUGGGAAAAGAUUCAAGCAACAGGUGCAUCUUACUAGGCACGUGAAAGCACAUACAGGAGAGAAACCAUUUGGUUGCAGUGUUUGUGGAAAGAGAUUUAAGGUGAAGGGGGAUCUUACGAGGCACAUGAAAGUCCAUACAGGAGAGAAACCAUUUGGUUGCAGUGUUUGUGGGAAGAGAUUUACUCAACAGGCUUACCUUUCACUGCACACAAGAGUUCAUACAGGAGAGACACCAUUUGGUUGUGAUGUGUGUGGGAAAAGAUUUAAAAGACAGGGAGAGUUAACCGUGCACACAAGAAUUCACACAAAAGAGAAACCGUUCAGUUGCAGUUUUUGUGGCCAUCUAUUCAGAGAUUUUUCAAACAGGAUAAAACAUAUGAGGAUAUGUAAACACAAGCAUGCUAUUGAAAGCAGCAGCAGUAAGUGAAACUACAGAGUUGCUGGUUCAGUUGAACUGUACCAGCGUAUCACAGCAUAGUUGAAAUACAUUACAUGCUUCAAAUUUACUGUUAUUUCUAUGAAAGUGUAACACUUUAGUUUUAAAACUUCACUCAUUCUUGCAGAUUUGUACUAGGGUUGCGCAAUCUUAACCAUAGUUCGAUCGUCCAGUCGUCACCCAGUGCAAUUGCUGCUCUGUCUUAAUCGUACGUAGAGCUGAUCUUAUAAAAUAUUUCCGCCUUCUUUAUGUACAGUUUGAUCACAAGCGAAAGAUGAAUAAUCAUCUUCAUCUUUACUAAUUAACCAUUUGAUAUACUGAGCGCUUCAGAGGCUACCGACAUCUUUUCCGGGGGAAUGUUUCCUUGCAUGUUACUUGAUGCAUGAUUGCCUGAAAAUCAAUCAAAACUUUGAC